AACGCGGUGGAAGUAAUAGUUUCUACAGUUCGGCGAAGCGGGAGCUUUGGGAAGGACAUAGAGCAGCGUAUUCUGUGUGCCAUGGCGAGACAUAUAGCUACCUUUCUUGUGGCGUUUGCCGGCAUAACUUAUGGCGUCCUAGCUAUUGCUUUUGCCGAAGAAGCAAGAGCAGGAGGCAGCCCUGUUUCAGGAAAAGCAGACAAUGAAGAAGCUAGAAUUGGCGGACGACAGCUUGAUUCAUUAGCUGGGCAAACUUUCGGCAGGGAAUAUGGCCGUCAGCUUGACUCAUUAGCUGGACAAACCUUCGGAAGGGAAGAUGCCCGUCAGCUUGACACACUAGCUGGACAAACCUUUGGCAGGGAAUAUGGCCGCCAGCUUGACUCUUUAGCUGGACAAACCUUCGGAAGGGAAGAUGCCCGUCAGCUUGACACACUAGCUGGACAAACCUUUGGCAGGGAAUAUGGCCGCCAGCUUGACUCUUUAGCUGGACAAACCUUCGGAAGGGAAGAUGCCCGUCAGCUUGACACACUAGCUGGACAAACCUUUGGCAGGGAAUAUGGCCGCCAGCUUGACUCUUUAGCUGGACAAACCUUCGGAAGGGAAGAUGCCCGUCAGCUUGACACACUAGCUGGACAAACCUUUGGCAGAGAAUAUGGCCGCCAGCUUGACUCUUUAGCUGGACAAACCUUCGGAAGGGAAGAUGCCCGUCAGCUUGACACACUAGCUGGACAAACCUUUGGCAGGGAAUAUGGCCGCCAGCUUGACUCUUUAGCUGGACAAACCUUCGGAAGGGAAGAUGCCCGUCAGCUUGACACACUAGCUGGACAAACCUUUGGCAGGGAAUAUGGCCGCCAGCUUGACUCUUUAGCUGGACAAACCUUCGGAAGGGAAGAUGCCCGUCAGCUUGACACACUAGCUGGACAAACCUUUGGCAGGGAAUAUGGCCGUCAGCUUGACUCAUUAGCUGGACAAACCUUCGGAAGGGAAGAUGCCCGUCAGCUUGACACACUAGCUGGACAAACCUUUGGCAGGGAAUAUGGCCGCCAGCUUGACUCUUUAGCUGGACAAACCUUCGGAAGGGAAGAUGCCCGUCAGCUUGACACACUAGCUGGACAAACCUUUGGCAGGGAAUAUGGCCGCCAGCUUGACUCUUUAGCUGGACAAACCUUCGGAAGGGAAGGUGCCCGUCAGCUUGACACACUAGCUGGACAAACUUUCGGCAGGGAAUAUGGCCGUUAGCUUGACUAAUUAGCUGGACAAACCUUCGGUAGAGAAGAUGCUCGUCAGCUGUACUCUUUAGCUGGGCGAACCUUCGGCAGAAAAGAUGACCUUCAGCAUGACUCGUUGGCUGGACAAACGUUUGGUUGAAUUGAUGGCUUACAGUUAAAUAUGUUGAGUAGACGAACGUUUGGCUACAUAUCAAGUGGUAGACCAAACCAAAUGUGUAAUGUUGCGAUGAAUUCUUUUGCUUAACACUCACUGUUUUGGUAUUACUUCUGAAAUCAUGAAUAAAGAAUAUUUCUUCGAUAUGGC